UGCGGUCCGGCUUAUUUAACCACUGCCUUUUUGCUUCAUUCCACACUUAACGAAUCUGAAAACUCUCUGUUUCUCUUCUCAUUUUUCUCUUUGCUAGGGUUUUGUUAUCUGGAGCUAUGGACGGUAAUAAAGGAAACCUGGAGGCGGCGAUCGAGCAGUUGCUUAAUGUUGAGAAGCAGAUGCGUUUCGCCGGCGAUGUUGCUGAAACCAAGAAAGCGGUCACCGACAUUUUGCAGCUUUGCUUCGAAGCUAAGGAUUGGAAGUCUCUAAAUGAACAGAUCGUUAAUUUGUCCAAGAAACGAGGUCAACUAAAGCAGGCUGUAACUGCGAUGGUUCAGCAAGCAAUGCAAUACAUUGAUGAGACACCAGAUCUUGAAACCCGUAUAGAGCUCAUCAAGACCUUGAACAGUGUGUCUGCUGGAAAGAUUUAUGUUGAAAUUGAGAGAGCGAGAUUGAUCAAGAAACUUGCAAAGAUUAAAGAAGAACAAGGCCUUAUUGCUGAAGCUGCAGAUCUAAUGCAGGAAGUUGCAGUUGAAACUUUUGGUGCAAUGGCUAAAACUGAGAAAAUUGCCUUCAUUCUAGAACAGGUUCGCCUCUGCUUAGAUCGACAGGAUUAUGUUCGUGCUCAAAUUCUUUCAAGGAAGAUUAGCCCUAGAGUAUUUGAUGCUGAUACCUCCAAGGAAAAGAAGAAACCCAAGGAAGGUGAUAAUGUUGUGGAGGAGCCUCCUGCUGAUAUUCCAUCACUAUUGGAGUUGAAGCGAAUCUACUAUGAACUAAUGAUAAGGUAUUACUUCCAUAACAAUGACUACCUUGAAAUUUGCCGUUGCUAUAAGGCAAUAUACGAGAUUCCGUCCAUCAGGGAAAACCCAUCCCAGUGGAUACCGGUCUUGAGAAAAAUCUGUUGGUACUUAAUCCUGGCCCCACAUGAUCCAAUGCAGUCAAGCCUUCUUAAUUCCACAUUGGAGGAUAAGAAUCUUUCUGAGAUUCCAAAGUUUAAGUUGCUAUUGAAACAGCUAGUUACAAUGGAGGUUAUCCAGUGGACAUCCCUUUGGGAUUCUUAUAGGGAUGAGUUUGAGAAUGAGAAGAACAUGCUUGGAGGCUCUUUGGCUGACAAAGCUGCUGAAGAUUUAAGACAGAGAAUUAUUGAGCAUAAUAUCCUUGUUGUUUCAAAUUACUACUCAAGGAUUACCUUGAAGAGACUUGCAGAGUUGUUGUGUCUCACUGUCCAGGAAGCUGAGAAGCAUCUUUCUGAAAUGGUUGUGUCCAAGGCACUGGUGGCAAAGAUUGACCGACCAAUGGGAAUAGUCUGUUUCCAGGUAGCAAAGGAUAGCAAUGAAAUUCUCAACUCGUGGUCUGUGAACUUGGAAAAACUUCUGGAUCUUGUUGAGAAGAGUUGCCAUCAAAUACACAAGGAAACCAUGGUUCACAAAGCUGCUCUAAAAGUAUGAAAAAUGAAGAGAAAAGGAAUUGUAGGUAGUGGCCUGUCUUUGUCGCAGUUUACUUCAUUUAUUUUAUGUUGGCAUACAAAAGCCACAAUCUCAAAUUAACAUUUCUGCCAAAUGAUAUAUCAUUUUAUGCAGGCUUGGCCAAGUUGAACUGUGUUUUUGAAUGCAAGUUGUUGCAUCCCUUCACUUAAUUGGCUUUUUUUUUUUCCCUGAAAGUUGUCAGACCUUUCUGUAACUGGAUGUUAGAUAGUAAUUAUAGAAAACCUAAAUGGUGCUGUUUCUAUAGCAGUGGCAGGAAAACAAUCGGGUUCACUUGUUGUUUGUAUUCGUCUUCAUUAUUUACGUUUUCGCUUCUUUCA